AAUCUCUCCUUUGAAAGUAAUUUUUUGCCGGCACUUGGCUAGUAUCCAGUCCCUCUCCUCUUCACUUUCCUAAAUCAAGCUUCAUCAAUCAUCCAUGGCCGCCUCCGAGCCCUCAUCCCGCUCCUUAAUCCUUGCCUGGGGAUCUGGGGAAGACGGGCAGUUGGGUAUGGGAGACUGGGAGGAUAAGGAUUGGGUCUACAGUGUGAAGGCCGUCGAGGGCCGUGAUUUCACCGCCGUGGUCGCCGGAAGCCGCAACUCCCUUGCCAUCUGCAAUGACGGAAAGCUUUUUACAUGGGGAUGGAAUCAGAGAGGCACUCUGGGCCAUCCACCCGAGACAAAAACUGAGAGUGUUCCCAGCCUCGUUAAGGCACUUGAUGAUGUUAAUAUUGUCCAGGCAGCCAUAGGUGGGUGGCAUUGCCUUGCGGUGGAUGACCAGGGGAGAGCAUAUGCUUGGGGAGGAAAUGAGUAUGGACAGUGUGGAGAGGAGCCGGAGAGGAAAGAAGAUGGCAGUAAGGCUUUGAGGAGGGACAUUACCAUCCCUCAACGGUGUGCGCCCCAGCUUUCUGUGCGACAGGUAGCUGCCGGGGGUACUCAUUCCGUGGUGCUAACACAAGAUGGUCAUGUUUGGACAUGGGGUCAACCUUGGCCUCCUGGAGACAUCAAGCAGAUUUAUAUGCCUGUGCGAGUUCAAGGACUUGAAAGGGUUAGAUUGAUUGCUGUUGGUGCCUUCCACAAUUUAUCACUCUUAGAAGAUGGCAGGUUGUGGGCUUGGGGAAACAACGAAUAUGGUCAGCUUGGAACUGGGGACACUCAGCCAAGAUCACAACCUAUUCCUGUGCAGGGCUUAUCCGGGCUUGCAUUAAUAGACAUUGCUGGUGGUGGUUGGCAUUCUAUUGCAAUAACAAAGAAAGGAGAGGUAUUUGCUUGGGGGAGAGGGGAACAUGGGAGGCUUGGGUUUGGAGAUGACAAGAGUAGCAAAAUGGUGCCUCAAAAGGUCCAACUCUUAGCCGGAGAAGAUAUCAUUCAGAUGUCCUGCGGAGGAACCCAUUCUGUUGCAUUGACUCGUGAUGGGAGAAUGUUUUCGUUUGGGCGUGGAGACCAUGGCCGACUGGGAUAUGGCCGUAAGGUUACCACCGGUCACCCCAUGGAAGUACCGAUAAACCUACCCCCUCCCGAAUGCAGCGGCGACAGCAAUGGCCGAUGGUUCGUGAAGCUUGUCGCCGGCGGCGGACGCCACACUCUAGCCAUAGCAACUUGGAUUAACGAACAAGAACAAGACGAACAAACCAUCUCUGGUUGAGAAAAAUCACUCUUAGAAUCUCAAUGUUUUCAUCACAUGUUUUAUCAGUUUUUGUAAGGUUAUCAGUUAUAUCCAAAGAUAUCAAGCAUUUUAGACUGCUUAUGUCUUUCAUGAAUUAAUGAAUUUGGUAUAAGAUUGUUUUAUUUAUCAAUAAGGUUGGGCUUUUUUCAAGAGUU